AUUUUAUUUUAUUUUUAAACGGCUGUCAUGGCUGUGGCUGAAGCGCUGAUGCCGGUUAUGGCAUCGUUUCCGACUGUCAAAGCGGUGAAUAAUCUUUGCAACAUGGAUGAGUGCGCGCGGAGCGGCGCGACAGGUGGCCAAGAGGGCUCGCGCAUCGAGGUGGAGUUCAGCAUCGUCCAGUCUCCGUCUUUGCCCCCCAAAGAGGAGGACGACCUUGGGAAAUUCCUGGACCUCGAGUUCAUUUUGUCGAACACCAUCGGAGCUGACGUGCUGGGCAGUGACGACGGUGGGGGGGCUUCUCCGCCCCCGCAGCAGCUGCAGCAGCAGAGCGCCUACUCCCUCCCGGAGUCUCCGGAGAGCUGCGGCGGCGCUUCCGUUCCAGASUCCGCAGAACACCCCUCAGCUGCGGCCCACCUGGCCGUGCAGGGCUACCGCGGCUUCCCCGAGUCCAGCCCGGUGCGCAGCCUGAUGGCGGAGCUGCUCACGCCUGACAUCAGUUACCCAGAGGAGAACUCGCCCGACGGAGCGGCCAAGAUGAGAGACGGCUGUGAGUACACCGAGCUGCGGGCUCUCAAUCCGCUCACAGCUCCGGCUGCCGCGACCCCCUCCACGCUCGGAUACAAAGUCAAAGCCGAGCCCGGGGUCCAGUCUUGUAUGAUGGCUGCUGGGAACUUUGUGGAACCGAUGCGCUCCGCGCACCCGGCUGCUGCUUUUACGCACCAGCAGGGGGCGCUGCACGGCUUCGGCGCGCACCCCRUCCACCCGGGAAGCGCAGGCUGCGAUUUGGCGCGAAUGAACUCGAUGAGCCCCCGUCACCUCCACAGUCAUCACCACCCCCACCUCAGUCAGCAUCAUGUGUCGAACCAGUACCUGGGCGCGCCGUAUCACCCUCAGUACGCGCAGUUUCAGGGACAGUWCAGCAUGCACAGAGAGCAGCUCCACCAGCACCACCAGCAGCAGCAGCAGCAUCCCGCCUCUCUGCAGGGGAUGAUGCUCACGCCCCCCUCCUCGCCGCUGCUGGAGUUCUACGCGCACGAAGAGGCGGGCUGCAUCAAGCAGAAGCGAGGCCGCAAGUCGUGGAGCAGAAAACGCGCGGCYACGCACAACUGCGAGUUUCCCGGCUGCGGGAAAACCUACACGAAGAGCUCGCAUCUGAAAGCCCACAUGAGGACCCACACAGGUGAAAAGCCGUACCACUGCAACUGGGAGGGCUGCGGCUGGAAGUUCGCCCGCUCCGACGAGCUCACGCGCCACUUCAGGAAGCACACCGGGCACAGGCCCUUCCAGUGCCACCUGUGCGAGCGCGCCUUCUCCCGCUCUGACCACCUGGCUCUGCACAUGAAGAGGCACAUGUAGGCCCCUCUCAGCUCGCGUGGACACUUCACCUAUCCAUCGGGGGGGGGGGAUCCCUGACAGCGCCUCCAAAAGGAGUUCCCCAACCCCUCCUCUAACCCCACUGAGUAUUAGAGGAGGUUCAACAUAUGCAAUCAGUGAACUUUGAGAAGCAAUAAUAAUAUCUCUUUGGGAAACAUAUCUGUUUUUAAGUGCCUAAUUUUCUACCAAGCCAAGUGCCUCUGAUGGUGUUUAUGUAUAUAUUUGUAAAAUAAAAAAAGGGAACAUACUUGCUAAGUUAUAGUUGUAUUUAAGWCGUUUCUCAUCCUGUCUUUUCAAUAAGUUAUUGGUUAUUGCUGAGUGCCUUGACAGGACUGCUUGUUUGCUCGCUGUGGGCAGGACCCAGGACUCUGUACAUAAAUGUAUUCCUCUCAUUUUUACUUUGUUUUUAUCUUAACAGACAGUACUCACAUCAGGUCAGGGUUGUAUUCCAUUGUUUUUGUUUUUGCUUCAGUUUUUUAAACACGAUAGAUGCCGUCGAUUUGUGGGAUUGCAAAUCGCUUAUGUGGUUUGUGAAGGUUUUUGCUUGACAGAGGUCGACAAAUUCAGGUACCAGAACUAUAUCUUAUUUAUGCUCAGAUUCAAUUUCAUACUUCAAAUAUCACUUUGUAUACCUACAGCUCAUUUUUUUAGACAGAAGCAUGAAUUUAGUUGUUUGGAGAGAAUGUCUUUUUUUUUAGAAUGAAGAAUCCACUGUUUCUAAACUGCUUUACUUGAAGAUGAAUUGUAAGCCUUCGUGUAUAUUUUUAUAUAUAAAGGGCUAAGAAAUAAAAGUACUUUUACAAUUUA